AUGUCGCUGGAAGAAGUCAAGCAGCAGCGCUUACUAACCCGGAAAAACAUGUCCCGCAUAAGGACAAUAGUGGAGACAAGCGAAAGUAAAACUGGAAAAAUACUUUCGCCCAUCGAACUCAAGUGUCGACUCGGAAUUUUAGAUUCCUAUUUUAAGCAGGGGUUGGGCUAUCAAACGCAAAUCGAGAAGCUCGAUCCAGAAGACAAUGGUCGGGGUGACCUGGAAGACCUCUACGUCACCAUCCGUUCAAACAUCCAAAUGCAGCUCGGUGAAGAUGAACACAACUCAACGUUCCGUGAAUCAACAGCAGCAAUUCCUGUUUCGCAUUCAAAAAUACCAGUAUUAAAAUUACCCGUAUUCUGUGGAAGGUACUCAGAAUAUAAAAAUUUCAUCGCAUCAUUCAUGCACGUCAUCGGAAAUGAGUCAUCGCUGUCUAAUAUUGAGAAGUUCAACCAUCUCCUCAAUUGUUUACAAGGACAGGCCUUGGAGACUGUGAAGGCGUUCCAAAUCACCAGCGAGAACUACUCAAAGGCAUUAGACAGAUUAAAGUCCCGUUACGACAAUAGCACGCUCAUCUUCAUGGAAACCAUCAAGUCGUUAUUCGAGCUGCCUUCUGCUGCAAAAGGUGGUGCUUCUCAGUUACAAAGUUUGGUCGACAACGUGUCUGCACUUUAUAGUUCGCUGUUGUCAAUCGGCUCUGAUAAAAACAUUUCGCAUUUACUGCUCAUUCACCUUGUAAUGGACAAGGUUGAUGAAGAAACGCAAAGAAAGUGGAAGGAGUCGUUAGACUUCACAUCGCUACCAUCUUGGGAACAGUGCGCAAAGGUUCUUGAACGACGCUGCCAGUUUUUAGAGUCAGCAUCGGGCUCCCUCUCGUUUGGUGAUUCUGGAAAAUCCAGCUACAAACAGGAAAACAGGAACAAGCCGCCACGUAAGGGUUAUUCGUUUUCAUGUACAAAUCGCUCUUGCGCAUUAUGUUCUAAUUCAGAUCACUUGAUUGGCAGUUGCUCUCGCUUCAAGCAAAUGGAGAUUGCUGACCGCUUCAACGAGGUUAAAAGGUUAGGUCUGUGCCUAAAUUGUUUGUCUAAUAAACACCAACUAGCACAUUGCUCGUCCGCAUUCAGAUGUAAACAUUGUGCUCGUUCUCAUCACAGCCUACUUCAUCGUGCUCCUACUUCAAACAAAAUGCAGUCAGUAUCGCUUCCUACAUCAUCACUUGAGCAACCAACGCAACCUGUAAGUACUGCAGCUGCGCACACACAUCAAGAAAAAUCGCCACAAGACCAAGUCAUACUAGCAACUGCAGUGGUACUCAUCCGAGAUGCGUCUGGCUGUUUUCAGUUGGGUAGAGCGCUACUCGACUCCUGCUCCCAAGUAAAUUUUAUUACCGAGGAGUUUUCCCGAAAAUUACGCCUCCCAAGGGAAAGGCACCACGCUGAAAUCCAGAGCAUUGGGGACUCGGUAACAAACAUCAAACACAAGACAUCAGCCACUGUCAAAUCUCGAAUGUGUGACUAUGAGACACCAUUAUCGUUCCAUGUUACCUCGCAGAUCGCUUAUCAGCCAGAGGCUGAAUUUAAUAUCACAUCUUGGAACUUGCCGGCUAACAUUGAACUCGCCGACGAAAAUUUCUUCAAGCCAACACGUGUAGACCUACUCAUCGGCACAGAAAUCUUUUUCGACAUCCUGUCUAUUGGGCAAAUAAAGUUAGCACCUGGGUUACCGUCACUACAGAAGACUUUAUUAGGUUGGGUCGUCUCUGGCCGAUAUCAACGACCUAUAGAGAAUUCGUCAUCAAUUUGCCUACUGUCAGUUGAGGAAUCAGUGGAUGCCAAUUUGCAACGCCUCUGGAAGCUGGAUGAACCAUCAAAGGCAGACAUGUGGACCACUGAGCAAAGGAAUUGUGAACAAAGUUACAUGCAAACCGUGCAGAGAAACAUAGAGGGGAGAGUUGUUGUCAAGCUACCGUUUAAAGAGGCCCCUCAUUGUCUUGGCCAGUCGUACGCAACUGCACUUCGAAGAUUUAUUGCUCAGGAGCGGCGUAUAAUGCGCUGUCCUGACCUUCACCAACGAUACAUCGCAUUUAUGGAAAAGUAUUCCCGCCUUGGGCAUAUGAGCAUCGUUGAAAAUGUAAAUUUCGAUAAUCCACAUUACUAUGUGCCUCAUCAUUACGUCCUGAAGCCAACUAGCACAACAACUAAACUCAGGGUAGUAUUCGACGCCUCCUGCAAGAGUACAACCCAAAGAUCGCUCAACGAUAUUCUUGCUGUGGGUCCUACUCUGCAGAACGAUCUAUACAUCUUGCUACUACGGUUUCGAUUAUAUCGUUACACACUUACUGCUCAUAUCGUAAAGAUGUAUAGGCAAAUUUUGGUGGAUAAAAACGAUCGCAAAUUCCAAUACAUCUUAUGGAGAAGUACGCCCCACGAUGAAAUACGCACUUACCAGUUAAACACGGUAACAUAUGGUACGGCGUCCGCUCCUUAUCUCGCUGUACAGAGCCUAAACUACAUUGCUGAUGCAUACGAAUCGGAGUAUGCGCUCGGUGCCAGCACAAUUAAAACGUCAUUCUACGUUGAUGAUCUUUUAUGCGGUGCCGAUACCCUGGCAGAGCUAUCGCGAAUCAAAUACGAAGUCACGGAGAUACUGAGGCGUGGUUGUUUCCCCUUGGCGAAGUGGCAUUCAAACCACCAUAAAUUUCGAGAAGAUGACACCAUGAAAGAUUUAAAUAUCGACGAAAGUUUUACAACGAGUACUUUAGGUAUAAAAUGGGAUCAAAUACGAGAUAUUUUCUUAUUUUCUUUUCAGUCGAAACAACCUGUGAAUGGACGUGGAACUAAGAGAUCAAUCUUAUCUAUUGCAUCAGCGCUUUUCGAUCCUUUGGGACUUCUCGCUCCGGUUAUUAUUACUGCAAAGAUCAUAUUACAAGAAAUAUGGCUUUUGAAGCUGAAUUGGGACGAGUCGGUGCCGCAGAACCUACAAACGGCAUGGGAACGAUUUCUCGAGGACAUCGCUCAUCUGAGUACGCUCUCAGUUCCAAGGUAUUCUGGAUCAACAAAUCAAAACUCUUUACAAAUUCAUGGGUUUUGUGACUCGUCAAUUCGAGCCUAUGGCUGUGCUAUUUAUCUUCGCUCGAAAUCAACAAAAGGUAAACCUACUGUCACCCUUUUGACUGCCAAGUCGCGUGUAGCUCCAAUUAAGAAGCAAUCGUUACCUAAACUCGAGUUGUGUGGCGCCUUGCUGUUGGCACGUCUACUAGCAAAAAUAAAACCUCUAUUCAACGCCAACACCACUGUGUUUCUGUGGACUGAUUCACAAAUUGUGCUACAUUGGCUUGAACUGCACUCAGCUACCCUAUCAACAUUCGUCGGUAAUCGAGUGUCAGAGAUUCAAGAUCUCACAGCAGAUGCAAGUUGGCGGCAUGUCCCAACAAAGUGCAACCCAGCUGAUAUCGUGUCACGAGGCUGUACUGCACUUGAACUAAACAAUUCAAUUUGGUUUUCAGGACCAUCAUUCUUACAACUUGAACCCGAAAACUGGCCCAGCAAUCAACGUGGCCAACUCGAUAUGGAAGAAGUUUCUCGAGAAAAACAUUCAUGGUGGUUUUCGUCUACUACUAGUUGGUGGGCGUCUUGA